AUGCAUUGGAUUGGUGUAUGUUGUUUUUGGUCAUUAUUUGUUUUCGUCUUUUCCGAUGCUCAUAAUUCGACGAACAACCGGACGUUCAUUGUAGAUUAUGAAAAAAACGAGUUCCUAAAAGACGGAGAAGUGUUCCGAUACGUUUCCGGCGAUUUGCACUAUUUUCGAAUUCCAAAAUCUUAUUGGAAAGACAGAAUUCAAAAAAUAAAAGCAGCUGGAUUAAAUGCUAUAACAACUUACGUAGAAUGGAGCUUACACGAACCAUUCCCUGGCACAUAUAAUUUCGAAGGGAUGGCCGACUUGGAGUAUUCAUCAAAUUGCUCCAAGACGAAGGCAUGUACCUACUCUUGA